CCGGCUUGCACGCCCUCUGCUCCACGAGACGCGACGCGACGCGACGCGCGCGCGCACUGGGGAGAGUGUCUUUCUUGCUGCAAUGGCUGAGAAGAAGGGGGUGGGUUCACUUCUUCCCGGGCUCGCCGUCGUCCUCGUUGGCUUCGUGGUCGGCGGCGCCGGGAGCGACGACCGGUUCGUCUACGCCGGCUUCACCGGCGCGCCGCUCGCGUUGGACGGGACGGCGGCCAUCACGGCGAGCGGGCUGCUCGAGCUGACCAACGGCACGGCGCAGCUCAAGGCGCACGCGGUGCACCCGGCGGCGCUGCGCUUCCACGGCGGCGGCGGCGGCGGCGGCGCGGUGCGCUCCUUCUCGACGUCGUUCGUGUUCGGGAUCAUCCCGCCUUACUCCGACCUGAGCGGCCAUGGCAUCGUCUUCUUCGUCGGGAAGAACAACUUCACCGCCGCGCUGCCGAGCCAGUACCUGGGCCUCCUCAACAGCACCAACAACGGCAACACCACCAACCACAUCUUCGGCGUCGAGCUCGACACCAUCGUCAGCUCCGAGUUCCAGGAUCCUAACGACAACCACGUCGGCAUCGACAUCAACAGCCUCAAGUCCGUCGCCGUGAACACCGCCGGCUACUACGACGACAAGACCGGCGCCUUCCACGACCUGUCCCUGAUCAGCGGCAAGGCCAUGCAGGUCUGGGUGGACUACGACGGCGCCACCACGCAGAUCAGCGUGUUCAUGGCUCCUCUCAAGAUGUCCAAGCCUACGAGGCCACUGGUGUCUGCCGUGUACAACCUCUCACAGGUGCUCGUCGAUCCGGUGUACGUCGGCUUCUCGUCGGCGACGGGCACGGUGAGGUCACGCCACUACGUUCUUGGCUGGAGCUUCGCCAUGGACGGGCCUGCUCCUGCCAUUGACAUCGCCAUGCUGCCCAAGCUGCCGUUCUAUGGCACCAAGGCACGGUCCAAGGUAUUGGAUAUCGUUCUGCCCAUAGCAACCGCGGUGUUCGUCCUCGGUGUGGUUGUAGUGGUGGUUUUGCUUGUCAGGAGGAGAUUGAAGUAUGCUGAGCUGCGAGAAGACUGGGAGGUUGAAUUUGGGCCGCACCGAUUCACAUACAAGGACUUGUUCCGAGCGACGGAAGGGUUCAAGGCCAAGAUGUUGCUGGGUAUAGGAGGAUUUGGGAGGGUGUACAAGGGAGUUCUACCGAAAUCCAAUAUGGAGGUUGCGAUAAAGAAAGUGUCCCAUGAAUCGAGGCAAGGCAUAAAGGAGUUCAUUGCAGAGGUGGUGAGUAUUGGGCGUCUUCGGCAUCGGAACCUCGUGCAAUUAUUAGGUUAUUGCCGGCGAAAAGGUGAACUUAUUUUGGUUUAUGACUACAUGCCAAACGGUAGUCUUGAUAAAUACCUAUAUGAUGAUAAGAACAAGCCUACUCUGGAUUGGACUCAAAGGUUCCGCAUCAUAAAAGGGGUAGCAUCUGGCCUACUGUAUAUUCAUGAGGAUUGGGAGCAAGUUGUCAUUCAUUGAGAUAUCAAAGCAAGUAACGUUCUUCUUGAUAGUGAGAUGAAUGGACGGUUAGGCGACUUUGGUCUAGCAAGAUUAUAUGAUCAUGGUGCUGAUCCACAAACAACACAUGUGGUUGGCACAAUGGGAUAUCUAGCCCCAGAAUUAGCACGAUCAGGAAAGGCAUCCCCUCUAACCGAUGUUUUUGCAUUUGGUGCCUUUCUCCUCGAAGUUACAUGUGGACGAAGACCUGUUGAGCAAGCCAUGCAAGACAACCAACUCAUGUUGGUCGAUUGGGUGCUUGAGCAUUGGCAGAAAGGAUCACUUACAAAGGUAAUUGAUGCAAGGCUCCAUGGCAACUACAACAUUGAUGAGGCAAUCCUAGUGUUGAAGUUAGGGUUGUUGUGUUCACAUCCAUUGCCCGGUGCAAGGCCUAGCAUGCGACAGGUUGUGCAGUAUCUUGAAGGUGACAUGCCCUUCCCUGAGCUAACGCCAACACAUCUAAGCUUUAGCAUGCUAGCUCUUAUGCAAAAUGAAGGCUUUGACUCUUUUGUCAUGUCAACAUCGCUUCCAUCAGAGACGAUGAUGACCAUUGGCACGAUGAGUGGCCUCUCUGGAGGAAGAUAGUACAGUAGCACCUACUUGUUAGUUUUUUUAUCCUACGAAAAGUUUUAUUUCCUUGGUGUAAAUGUUUGUAAUAUUUAGAGUAAAUUACAAUUCAUUGUUUACCUUUUGAACAAUCUCAAAGAUAGUGCAUGGUAGUGCUAAUGCUUACAAAAGCAUAUCCUCUGCCUUACAAUAGAGGAACACAGUAAAUAUAUCUAGUAAUGCAAACGGUUGUAAUGAUUCAAUGUAGAAUAAUGUAGCAAGUUGUAUUGUGAUGA